GCUUCCCAGAGACCGAAAGGACAGGAUAAUAAAGUACAAAAUGGUUCAUUACAUCAGAAGGAUACAGUUCAUGACAACGAUUUUGAACCUUACCUUUCUGGGCAGUCAAAUCAGAACAGUAGCUAUCCAUCAAUGACUGAUCCUUACCUGUCCAGUUACUAUCCACCAUCUAUUGGCUUCCCCUAUUCUCUCAGUGAAGCACCCUGGUCUACAGGAGGAGAUCCUCCUAUCCCAUAUCUCACCACCUAUGGACAGCUCAGUAACGGAGAUCAUCAUUUUAUGCACGAUGCUGUUUUUGGACAGCCUGGGGGUCUGGGAAAUAAUAUCUAUCAACACCGGUUUAACUUCUUCCCUGAAAAUCCUGCCUUCUCAGCGUGGGGAACAAGCGGAUCCCAAGGACAGCAGACCCAGAGCUCAGCAUAUGGGAGCAGUUACAGCUACCCGCCCAGUUCCCUGGGUGGUACCAUUGUGGAUGGACAAACAGGAUUUCAUAACGACACCUUAAAUAAAGCUCCUGGAAUGAACAGUAUCGAGCAGGGGAUGGUUGGACUCAAGAUUGGUGGAGAUGUUACAACUUCGGGGGUGAAAACAGUAGGUUCUGUUGUCAACAGUGCUGGGAUGACAGGUGCUCUGUCUGGUAACGGUGGACCUAAUGUAAACUUGCCAGUAUCUAAACCAACCUCCUGGGCUGCAAUAGCCAGCAAGCCUGCAAAGCCACAGCCUAAAAUGAAAACAAAAACUGGACCUGUAAUCGGGGGAGCGUUACCUCCUCCACCUAUAAAGCAUAAUAUGGACAUAGGUACUUGGGACAAUAAGGGUCCUGUGGCAAAGGUUCCUGCCCCUCAACAGAUACCUUCUCCUCAGUCUGUUCCACAGCCACAGCAACAAAUCGUUCAGCCUGUUCCAGCUCAGCCUCCUCCAUUGACUCAGCCACAGUAUCAGACCCCUCAGCAGCCACCCCAAAACCGCUGGGUAGCGCCUCGCAACAGGAACGCAGCUUUUGGCCAAAGCGGGGGGACUGGUAACGACACCAGCUCGGCUGGCAGUACCCAGCCUAACCCCCUGCCCAGUGGCGAGUCCCAUCCCGUCCUUGAAAAACUGAAAGCUGCUCACAGCUAUAACCCUAAAGAUUUUGAGUGGAACCUUAAAAACGGACGCGUGUUCAUCAUCAAGAGCUAUUCCGAGGAUGAUAUUCAUCGUUCCAUUAAGUAUUCUAUUUGGUGUAGUACAGAACACGGCAACAAACGCCUGGACGGUGCGUUUCGGUCCAUGAACAGCAAGGGCCCAGUCUACCUGCUGUUCAGUGUCAACGGCAGUGGACACUUCUGUGGAGUGGCAGAGAUGAAAUCGCCUGUGGACUACGGCACCAGUGCAGGUGUCUGGUCUCAGGACAAGUGGAAGGGGAAAUUUGAUGUCAAGUGGAUCUUUGUGAAGGAUGUGCCCAACAACCAGCUCCGACACAUCAGGCUGGAGAACAAUGACAACAAACCCGUUACAAACUCCCGGGAUACACAGGAGGUGCCCUUAGAAAAAGCAAAACAAGUGCUUAAAAUUAUUGCUACUUACAAGCACACGACCUCCAUCUUUGAUGACUUUUCUCAUUAUGAGAAGCGCCAGGAAGAGGAGGAGGUGGUGCGGAAGGAACGUCAGAAUCGAAACAAACAAUAAGAAUAAACAUAAACAGUUUGAUAUAUAUACUAGAACUGAUAUUAAAUUCGACCAUGAGAAACAAAAUUUAAGUCUGCUGGUGCUGUAUCCUGGCAUCAGGACAAACUAAAGCUUUCAGCUCCAAUGUAUCUUCUCGUGCAGGGGAAAUUAAGUUGUCGCAUCUUUAAGUACCUUGUAGUUUUAUUUUUGCCCAAGUGGAUCUGCAUUAAUUUGUAUCUUUUUUUUUUUUGCUUUGUAAAAUUCUGUAGAGAUCAUUAAUAAAAGCGUGUCUGUUUUUAUUUUUUAAGUUGAUAAACAGUUCUAUUAACCUACUGUGGACCUAAACGUGAGCAUACUAAAGUGUCAGUGCUUCCCAAAGACUUUGUUUUGGCACAAAUUACGUUCCUAGCCAGACACAGAGAACACAUCACAAAUCUUCCUUUUUCCUCCUUCCCGAGCCCUUUUUCUCCAUGCC